GCUACGCAGGAAUUAGUGGAAAAGGUCAUGCCGUCGCCAAGAAGGCUGUUGCAACUUGCCCUGGGUUGCUUCUGUGCCCUCAAUGGAAUUCUGGAUUUUUACAUGGACAGCGCAUCGAAGAGUCUUCGCUGGUCCCGUUGGCUGGCCAUCUACCGAGUGGUGCACAACUUCCUGGUCUUCAGCCUGAGCACAAUGUUCCUGCUGGACUUCUGGGAGCAGCAUGCUGCAGAAAUAAAAAACUCCAAGCUAAUGACGAUGAACUUCUUUACCUACUUCGCAUUGGUGUUUCUGGCUAUAAUCGGCUCCAUGGCCUGCUGCUUCCUUUGGCAAAACAGAAUCUUUGAGGUUCUCCAGAAGUUAAGGCAUCAAAGGGAGCAGAGCAGGCAGUUGGGAUACCGAGUGCCGAGGGGCAAACAGCUCUUCGUGGACUGUUUGAUGUUCCUGGCCGCCAUCCUGCUGAUCCUUCGCCUCGGCAUCCAUGUGACCAUGUGGCUAAUAAGCAUCCGGGUGGGCUUUCACCACCCCUGCAACUGCUUCCUGCCCGAGUGCAUGAUCUUUGCGAUGAACUACCUGGUGUUCGCCAUCCUGACCGAGAUAUGCCAGUGCUGGUGGAGAUUGCAGUCCGGCCUGGAGAUGAUACUCCUGGAUAGUUCAGAAGCAAGAACUGUUGCUAGCCAACUAUCUCAAAUUCAGAAACUGCACACCAUGUUUCAGUGCCUAACCGAUGUCACCUCGGAGGUCUGCUCCAUAUUCAAGUUCGUCCUUCUGAUGUACAUGGCCCGCAAUCUUUGGAGUGGCAUUGUGGCGGGCUAUAUGGCGAUACGCGUGGUUUUGGGAAGGGAUGUCGACGUCGAGCUCAGCUAUGUGGUACUGGCCUUUAUCAUCUGCAUCCAGCCUCUGAUGUUCUCGGUGCUGAUGAACAGCAUGACCCAUGCCACAGAUUUGUUACUGGAUGCAACCAAGGACAUCUUGAGAACCCCUCACAAGCAAUGCGCUCGGGUGGAGCGAAGGAUCGAAUGGUUGUCGCUGCAACUGGCUGGCCAGCACACCUACAUCGCCGUCUUUGGCACCUUUCGCAUGAAUCGCUCCCUACUUUUCCAGAGCACCUCGGUCAUCCUGGUGCAUGUGCUCUACAUGGUGCAAUCGGACUAUAUUGCGCUGACCAAGUGAUGUUUCCACCAACCCAACAAAACACUGGCAGUUAGUUUUGAAAGUAUCAUUUGCUCUUGUCUUUUCUGUUUUUAUUUUAUUAUAGAAUUUCUCUUGUGUUUAGCUUAUUCGUACAAUUAGUUGUUUAAUUUUAUUCAUUCUGAUUUCGAUUUAUUGUUUAAAAUCAACAUUCAUAAACACGUCCAUUGAAAUGA